UGCAGUGGGCUCUGGUGGAGGUCGGGAGAACUGCAGGGCGAAAGCCGCCGGGGGCUCCGCGCGCUGCCGGGGGGGAGGCACUUGACACCGGCCGCGGGAGGAGGGGCCGCUGUCCCUGCGGCCAGUGCUGGAUGCGGGGACCCAGCGCAGAGGCAGCGCCAGGUGGAGUCACUGGAAGCCCAACCCCACCGGCAGCUGAGGCCGCAGUUCCCCAGGGUUUCCGCUCCGCACCUGGAUCUAUGUCUAAGUUGUAACUCUUGCUUACCAAGACCACGAUAAUUCCUUCCCCAAAGCCCAGCAGCCCCCCAGCCCCGUGCAGCCCCAGCCUGCCUCCCACCGCCCAGCUGCCCGCGAUGCCCGCCAGCGGCCCCGGGGACACCAGCGGCUCCGCUCUGGAGCGGGAGGAGGAGCGCAAGGAGGGAGAGGAGCAGGAGGAGGCUCGUGCCAAGGAGGAGCGGCAGGAGCCCAGCACGACUGCCCGGAAGGUGGGGCGGCCUGGCAGGAAGCGCAAGCACCCCCCGGUGGAAAGCAGUGACACACCGAAGGACCCUGCCGUGACCUCCAAGUCCUUGUCCAUGGCCCAAGACUCAGGCCCCUCAGAGCUGUUACCCAACGGGGACUUGGAGAAGCGGAGUGAGCCCCAGCCAGAGGAGGGGAGCCCCGCUGGGGGGCAGAAGGGCGGGGCCCCAGCAGAGGGAGAGGGUGCCACUGAGACCCCACCCGAAGCUUCCAGAGCUGUAGAGAAUGGCUGCUGCACCCCCAAGGAUGGCCGGGGAGCCCCUGCAGAAGAGGGCAAAGAACAGAAGGAGACCAACAUCGAAUCCAUGAAAAUGGAGGGCUCCCGGGGCCGGCUGCGGGGUGGCCUGGGCUGGGAGUCCAGCCUCCGCCAGCGGCCCAUGCCGCGGCUCACCUUCCAGGCGGGGGACCCCUACUACAUCAGCAAGCGCAAGCGGGACGAGUGGCUGGCACGCUGGAAAAGGGAGGCUGAGAAGAAAGCCAAGGUGAUUGCAGUAAUGAAUGCUGUUGAAGAAAACCAGGGGUCCACUGAGUCUCAGAAGGUGGAGGAGGCCAGUCCUCCCGCCGUGCAGCAGCCUACCGACCCUGCGUCCCCCACGGUGGCCACCACGCCUGAGCCUGUGGGGGCUGAUGCCGGGGACAAGAACGCCACCAAAGCAGCUGACGAUGAACCGGAGUACGAGGACGGCCGGGGCUUUGGCAUUGGGGAGCUGGUGUGGGGGAAACUGCGGGGCUUCUCCUGGUGGCCAGGCCGCAUUGUGUCUUGGUGGAUGACGGGCCGGAGCCGAGCAGCGGAAGGCACUCGUUGGGUCAUGUGGUUUGGAGACGGCAAGUUCUCAGUGGUGUGCGUGGAGAAGCUGAUGCCGCUGAGCUCCUUCUGCAGUGCUUUCCACCAGGCCACCUACAACAAGCAGCCCAUGUACCGCAAGGCCAUCUACGAGGUCCUGCAGGUGGCCAGCAGCCGAGCAGGGAAGCUGUUUCCAAUGUGCCAUGACAGCGACGAGAGCGACACUGCCAAGGCUGUGGAGGUGCAGAACAAACAGAUGAUCGAGUGGGCCCUGGGAGGGUUCCAGCCCUCUGGCCCCAAGGGCCUGGAGCCCCCAGAAGAGGAGAAGAACCCCUACAAAGAAGUUUACACAGACAUGUGGGUUGAACCCGAGGCAGCUGCCUAUGCACCGCCCCCACCAGCCAAAAAGCCCCGAAAGAGCACAACGGAGAAGCCUAAGGUCAAGGAGAUUAUUGAUGAACGCACAAGAGAGCGACUGGUGUACGAGGUACGGCAGAAGUGCCGGAACAUCGAGGACAUCUGCAUCUCUUGUGGGAGCCUCAACGUCACCUUGGAACACCCUCUCUUCAUCGGAGGAAUGUGCCAAAACUGCAAGAACUGCUUCCUGGAAUGCGCGUACCAGUACGAUGAUGACGGCUAUCAGUCCUACUGCACCAUCUGCUGCGGGGGGCGCGAGGUGCUCAUGUGUGGGAACAACAAUUGCUGCAGGUGCUUUUGCGUGGAGUGUGUGGAUCUCUUGGUGGGGCCAGGGGCUGCGCAGGCAGCCAUCAAGGAAGACCCCUGGAACUGCUACAUGUGUGGGCACAAGGGUACCUAUGGGCUGCUGCGGCGGCGGGACGACUGGCCGUCUCGGCUCCAGAUGUUCUUCGCCAACAACCAUGACCAGGAAUUCGACCCUCCGAAGGUUUACCCACCUGUCCCAGCUGAGAAGAGGAAGCCCAUCCGGGUGCUGUCUCUAUUCGAUGGAAUCGCUACAGGGCUUCUGGUGCUGAAGGACUUGGGCAUUCAGGUGGACCGCUACAUCGCCUCUGAGGUGUGUGAGGACUCCAUCACGGUGGGCAUGGUGCGGCACCAGGGGAAGAUCAUGUACGUCGGGGACGUCCGCAGCGUUACACAGAAGCAUAUCCAGGAGUGGGGCCCGUUCGAUCUGGUGAUUGGGGGCAGUCCCUGCAAUGAUCUCUCCAUCGUCAACCCCGCCCGCAAGGGACUCUACGAGGGCACUGGCCGGCUCUUCUUUGAGUUCUACCGCCUCCUGCAUGAUGCGCGGCCCAAGGAGGGAGAUGACCGCCCCUUCUUCUGGCUCUUUGAGAAUGUGGUGGCCAUGGGCGUUAGUGACAAGAGGGACAUCUCGCGAUUUCUCGAGUCCAACCCUGUGAUGAUUGAUGCCAAAGAAGUGUCAGCUGCGCACAGGGCCCGCUACUUCUGGGGGAACCUUCCUGGUAUGAACAGGCCAUUGGCAUCCACUGUGAAUGAUAAGCUGGAGCUGCAGGAGUGUCUGGAGCACGGCCGAAUAGCCAAGUUCAGCAAAGUGAGGACCAUUACUACUAGGUCGAACUCCAUAAAGCAGGGCAAAGACCAGCAUUUCCCCGUCUUCAUGAAUGAGAAAGAGGACAUCUUAUGGUGCACUGAAAUGGAAAGGGUGUUUGGCUUCCCUGUCCACUAUACCGACGUCUCCAACAUGAGCCGCUUGGCGAGGCAGAGACUGCUGGGCCGGUCGUGGAGCGUGCCGGUCAUCCGCCACCUCUUCGCUCCGCUGAAGGAAUAUUUUGCUUGUGUGUAAGGGACGUGAGGGCAAACCAAGUUAGUGACACAAGGUUUAACAAACAAACAAAAAACACAAAACACAACAGAACACCAACAACGUGAGGAUGGAGAGAAGUAUCAGCACCCAGAAGAGAAAAAGGAAUUUAAAACAAAACAAACAAACCCCACAGAGGCGGAAAUUCCGGAGGGCUUUGCCUUGCAAAAAGGGUUGGACAUCAUCUCCUGAUUUUUCGAUGUUAAUCUUCAGUCCUAUUUAAAAACAAAACCAAGCUCCCUCCCCACCCCCACUACCCCCUUUUUUUCUGGUCAAACCUUUUGUUUUCUACUCUUUUCAGAGGGGUUUUCUGUUUGUUUGGGUUUUUGUUUCUUGCUGUGACUGAAACAAGAGGGUUUAUUGCAGCAAAAAAAAAAAAAAAAGAAUCAGUAACAAAAAAUAGUAACCAUACCUUGCAGAGGAAAGAUGGGAGAGAAGGAAAAAAAGGAAAUUCUAUAGAAAUCUAUAUAUUGGAUUUUUUUUUCUUUCUUUUUUUUUUUUUUUACUAUAUAUCUUUUUUUUUGUUGUUGUCUCUAGCCUGAUCAGAUAGGAGCACAAGCAGGGGACAGAAAACAGACACUCAGGUGGCAGAGUCCCCUCCCAGCCACUGAGCUGUCUUGCCAGCACCAUUCCUGGUCAUGCAGAUCACAACCCAACUAGCAGCAGAGAGACGAGAACACCACACAAGACCCUUUUAUACAGUAUUCAGGUGCCUACCACACAGGAAACCUUGAAGAAAAUCAGUUUCUAGAAGCCGCUGUUACCUCUUGUUUACAGUUUAUAUAUAUAUGAUAGAAAUGAGAUAUAUAUAUAAAAGGUACUGUUAACUACUGUACAACCCGACUUCAUAAUGGUGCUUUACAACAGCGAGAUGAGUAAAAACAUCAGCUUCCACGUUGCCUUAUGUGCAAAGGGUUUUAACCAAGGAUGGAGAAAGGGAGACAGCUUGGAGGUGAACCGUUUCCGUGGUGGGGUUUUUUGAUUUCCCCUUGGUGUUUAACAAGGUGUGAAGGAGAAUUUGGGAACAGCGUUCUCCCGCUUCUCCCUGCCAAAAAAAGGGGGGUGAGAUUUGGUGGUCGGGACCGUGGAAAGCUGAGAGUGGGAUCCAUCCAGGCUCACGCAAUAACCUUUUGAUUUUUUUCGAAAAGGAGACUCCCUCGGCAAGAUGGCAGGAUGAGGGGUCUUCAUUCCCAAUUUCUCACAUUAGCCGAUUCGAGGGCUCCUUGCGGUGGGAUCAGAAAAAAAAUCCAGAGUGCGGGCAAGUGACAGUUCAGACCCCACCUGGAGCAAAUAAAAAAACAUACAAAACGUACUGGUGCUCUCCUGUCUAAGUCGCUUUUUGUGUGUUCUUUUAUGAGGCCCCCACCAUCCACCCUCUGUGCACAAGGCGGCUUCCGGCCCCUGGAAUGUGAUGUUUUUGGUCAUCUCCAAAGGCUGCAGUUUUAUACUGGGAGGCUGAUGACACCUUUUGUUAUAAUUAUUCUUAUGGUUCUGGUUAUAAUUAUGUUUGUUUUCAGAUUUUCUUUUAAGAAAACAAAAACCCAACCCCCCCCUCCCUUUAGGUUUCAAACCAAGGUGCGGGGAGCAGGGUGCUUCUAAGUUAGUGGUGGCCCUGGUGCCCUGGCUCCCCACCCCUCGGGCCAGGUGGGCCACCAGGCGCGGCGGGCAACAGCUGAGCGGCCGGGGGGGUCCCCGAGGCCGGCCUUCCGGGCGCAUCCCUCUUCUCUUCUGCUUCCCUCCUCUCGAGUCACGUGUGUCAGGGCUGGAGGGAGGACCAGGCCCCUCUCUCCUCGCGUGUGUGAUCGGAGUGGUGUGUAUUUUUUUUCUAGUACUUGGUCUGAUGAAAGCUGUGCUCUUACCUCGAGUCGGCAGCACCUGGAGCCCCAAGUGCACGACACUUGGUUCCGCUUCCCACCGAGGCAGGCGGCCUGGCGUUGGCGGUAGGCAGGGCUGGUGUGGGUGGCUCCAGGGUGAGGGCCCAACGGGCAGACGCCUGCCUGAAUAGAUGGGGUGUAGAUAUGUGGCAUAUAGAGAUAUAUAUUUUAUAAUGGGAGGGGGGAAUGGCACCUCCUGGGACUGGCAGGGCUGGGAGGUGUGCUGUCAAGCACAUGGUCCCAUGUUCGCAUCCCUAGAAAGAUAGGGCCUAUGCUGAUAGGCGCUAUAUAAAUACAUAGAUAGGGUCAUGUAUAAGAAAUAUUAUGUCGUGGGGAGUGGGGGAAGGAGGCUCAGAAGGCUGAGUCUCGGGCCCCACUGCAGACAAGCCCCACACCAAUCAAUCAGUCCCACACGCACACACAGGAACAUGUUUCUAUACCGAUGCAUAACAAAUGCACGUGCGCACACACACACACACACACACACACACACACACACAUACACACACAGCCAGGGAGCUCCCAGUGCUCUUCUCCCCAGGAUUCAGGACUUUGCGGAGUCGGCCCUGCAGCUCUUUACCUCUGUUGCCCUGUUUGCAGGUAGACUGUCAAUCCCAGAAGUUGCUAGGUGCUGAAGACAGGAAAAGGAGGAGGUUUUCUUUUAGCAGGUGCUCUCCUCUAGCAGGUAGCGUUCUAUCUCUUUUGCCCCUGGUGAUGUCAAAAGAUUCUUCUGUUAGCAACCUGUGACACUGACCUGCAACCCUAGGCACCAGUCAAGUCAGCCCUCAGCUCCCCCUACCUAUUCUCCCCCCGUCCAAAAUGAAACUGACGUCCAGGGCUGUCUUGGCCAGGGGGCUUCCAUUGGAAAGAAAUGGGACAGCGAACCUCAUCUUUGGAAUAAAGCAAAUUAGUAAUUGGUUAAAAAAAAAAAAAUUAACCAAGCUUUGAAUCCCUUGCUCAUUGCUCAGGAGUAAGCUCACAGCUGGUGGCCAUGGUCUCCCACUCCUUUUAGGGGGUGCUUAGUCCCACACCUCAAGCUACUCAUAUCCUUGUCAGAUUGGUUUUUAAGAUCAUACCCGGUUGCUUCCUGCCAGCUCUGUGCCGUGAUGGCAGGUGGUGACGGUGGGCUCCCACGGGGCUGGAGCAGCUGGCGGGGGGGUUCCCUCUGCCCCUCCCUCGUUGGAGUCUGUACCCAACUGUGGUGCUCACCCCGCCCCCCUCCUUCUCCAGCCAGGCUCCAUCUUCCCGCCCGGAGCCCACCAGCACCACUCCGGAGGGCGGGGGAGGAGGGCUGCGCAGACAGUCCAAGGUGCUCCCUCCCCUGGCGGCGGCCGACGCUAAGGUCUUCCCAGCCUGUGUCAGGACUGUCUCUUCCUCUGCAGACCUUCUGGCUCUCCUAGGCCAUGUGUCUGCUGCUGUGUGCAGGGGUUUGUUUUUCCCAGUGGCCCAGGUUCCAUCCAGGGAGUGAGCGUGGGGAAGAAACUUGGUAGCCAGGGAUGUGGCAAGCCCUGAGGGGUCAGUGUGGGCCGGCCAGCUCGCUUGUUGUCCGGCCAUCUUGCUUGUUGUGGCUGAUCUUUGUUCCUCCUGGUCUGGCAACCUGACUUGGCCAAAGGCCCCCUUGCAGGGAUGAGUGUUAACAAUCGCCAGCUUUUCUUCCCGCCACACCUGGGGGCUUGAUCCCACAGUAGAACUUGGCAGGCCCCAAGGGGACCUUGGGAAUGUGCCAACUUGGCCAGGCUGGGGUGCUCUUCACUAUCUCCUUCCAACCCCCAGGGUGCCUCUGGGGAUACCUUCUAAAGGAGAGCUGUGCUGGAUAGGCCGAGUCAAAGUUGUGCGUGGAUUAAGGUGGGGGAUCAUUGGUAGAGGCAGUGCAGUGGGAGAAACCAGGAAGGCCUUUGGAAAAUUCUCGAGCAUGUUCUUGGUGGAGUUUUGUUUCUCUUGAGCAGGCUCAUGUACAAAUUCCUGGAAAUGGGGGUUUCCAGGGACUUAGGGUGGUACCCCCUACUUACUGCAGGUGCCAAGUGGAGUGUGGUGCCAAAGAGAUCCGUGACUCUGGGCUGGGGGAGCUGGCCGGGGUCACAGAGCUGGGGGUUGUCUGCCCACAGAGGAAGCUGGUACUUGGCCAGCAGCUGCUGUGCUCUGGGGGCCUCGAGCUGGUUGGUGCUGACCCCCUUCCCUGGGGACCAGCCGAAGUGCAUAGGCUGGGGAGCUAGGGGUGAAGGCUGGUGGGGUCUUGCAGACAGCCACCCGGGUGUGCCACUGUCUGUUUUUCUUUAUAGACCCCAGAAUCUUCCUGCUGUUGAACAUUCUAGAAAGCAGACUUCCCCAAAAGAGUACAGGGGGCCGCUUUGCUUUUGAGACGGGCCUGGGAGAGGUUGGCUGGCGAAGGUGCCUGUGUGGGUUUUUGAUGAUUCUGUAGGAUGCGGAUUGGGACAGGCCGACCCAGCAGGAAGGAAGGCUAGUGGACAUUGAACUAGUCUCCCCCUACUUCCCGAGCAACUGGCAAUUCUGGGGAAACCUCGAUGGGAAUAGCCCACCAUCUCCAGCACAGGAUGGUGUACAACAGGAGCAAGGGAAGGAUUCUUUCAGCAGAGCCAUCCAGGGAGUGGUCUUAGUCUUCAUCUCACUGAUGACAUAAGUUAUAUAUAAAGUGGGUCUUGGAGGCGGAUUUGAAUUCCUGUUGUCCUGCCUGGUGCAGAGAUGCUGUGGCAAUGGUGUCUUUAAGAGGUGUCAUUUUCAGGGAACUUGCAGGGUUAGGGCCAUGGGACCUGCCUGGCACCGCGAUCUGAUCUGACGAGAGCUGCUUGUUACUUGUGGUCAGCAGAGCCCAGAUGCUGCUGAGAACUGGGUUUCUAGCCAGGCCCUGUUUUAAUCCUGGGAGAUGAGGAAUCUGAAUUUGUCAUCGGGCAAGGUCUAGUCUGGACGCUUUCAGCACUUGUGGUCAAGAGAGGACACUGGAGUUGUCCCGCUCUCUUUUCCUCCACCUCUGGAGGGGUGGCGUGGAGCCGGAUUGGCCCCCCAGGCCAUUCCCUGCUGGGGCAAGGAUUAAUCACAAGUGUUUGGAGGAUCUAAGAGGAAAGAGGAUAGGUUUAUAUCAAGGAUGGACUCCACUGUUCUAGCAGAAGCUCUUGGAUCUUUACGUUUUGGUAAAGGAAGGCCGGGGUCUCUAGGAUGUGAGGUCAGACCCUCUUGCACUGUGUGUUCCUGAGACCUGGCUGAGCAGGCCUGUGGUUGGCCUCCUGUUUACCGCUGGCCCUCAACAGUGGAGUCCAGGGGAGAGGGACAGACAGGCAGGUCAGAAGUAGUGAGGACAAUGAUGGAAGGUCCUUGGCUGGUCGUGACUGGCUAAAUUGCCCUGACGGAAGCCCCCAGACUCCUGUAACUCCCCUAACUGGAAAACUUCCCCGAGGGGCAUGGGAGGGCGGCUUCCUCAUGGCCUCCAGCCCUGGGCCCGAGAACAUGAGCAGGGAUCCGAAAGCAUCACCUGAGUCCCAUUUCACUUCACAGACUGAUUUGGUAGCACAGCCCUAGAAUCCAACCAACCACAAAAAUACCGAAAUUCCUUAGAAUACGCAGAGGGAGGAGGUGACUCAACAAGGUGCUAAAACAUUUUAUUAAAAAUAUAUAUUGUUAAAUUAAGUCUGCUGUCUGGACAAUGACUGUUUGUUUUGUUUUCUUGUAGUGGAGUUUAAAAGAGACUAUUAUUUUACUCUGAUAUAUUAUUAUUAAAAAGGCAUUUUAACUUUGUACUUGAAAACUAAAUGAACGAUUUCAUGUGUUUUAGCUGAGGCAUUGAAGUAGCGGGUGCUUACUUAUUUGUGGGAAAUCAUGUAUUCAUACUGAAGAAUAAACUCCGUAGCUGAUUUGGUAAUAACUUUUACUGUUACAGACGAUUUCGCUUUGACCCCGGCGGGAGAGCACUUUGACUGCACAUUCCACGCAGCUAAAUGCAGGACUUACUCCCCGACCCUUCCCUUCCCGGCCCUCUUUCCUUUUUCUUCAGUUCCUCUUCUGACUCUUUGUUGUUGUUGUUGUUUUUUUUUCUUCCUGGUUCCAGCAUCCUUUCACCACUGUAUUUUUUUUUUUUUUUUUUUUUUUUAGGGUUGCUUCUCUAUUUAUUGACAAUAAUAAUGUACAUUUCACAGUCUGGUUCUGGGACAUUGGGGAGGGGGUGUGAGAAGGCCCUGCGUGGGUCCCCACCGCCAUGCCCCCAUGUCCUGUUGUAUCUCUGUGUAAGUGAUGCUCGUGACAUAGCUGUUAUGAAAUAAUUAUAAAGAGGUCAGUGCGUACAGCAGAUGUAGAAAGUCUGUCAAUUCCGCCUUCAUCACAUUUUUUUUUGUGCCCAGAAGAAUAUAAUAAAGCUCCUUUCUAAUGUACUUGUGCUGGAGAACACUUGAAUAAAUGGACUGUUUUUGUGCAAAAAGAAAAACGGAAAAA